AUGAAGCUGCUCCUGCUCCUCGGCUUGGUGGCCCUGGCCCAAUGCCACCUCUCCAAGAUCCCGCUGAGGAGGUUGAAGUCCCUGCGGCAGAGGCUGGAGGAGCACGGCUUGCUGGAGCACUUCCUGAAGCAGCACCCCUACAACCCGGCCUCCAAAUACCUCCCCGUCUUCGCCGGCACCACCUCCUCUGAGCCUCUGCAGAACUACAUGGAUAACGAGUACUACGGCACCAUCUCCAUCGGCACGCCGGCCCAGGAGUUCACCGUCAUCUUUGACACCGGCUCCUCCAACCUGUGGGUGCCCUCGGUGUACUGCUCCAGCCCGGCCUGCAAAAACCACAACCGCUUCAACCCCUCCGAGUCCUCCACCUUCGUGAGCACCAACGACAGCGUCUCCAUUGCCUACGGCACCGGCAGCAUGACCGGCAUCCUGGGCUACGACACCGUCACCGUCUCGGACAUCCAGGUCACCAACCAGAUCUUUGGGCUGGCUGAGACUGAGCCCGGCACCAUCUUCUACUACUCCCCCUUCGACGGCAUCCUGGGCCUGGCCUUCCCCAGCAUCGCCUCCUCCGGGGCCACCCCUGUCUUUGACAACAUGAUGAGCCAGGACCUGGUGGCCAGGGACCUCUUCUCCGUCUACCUGAGCAAGGAUGACAAGAGCGGCAGCUUCGUCCUCUUCGGUGGCAUUGACCCUGCCUACACCACUAAGGGCAUCAGCUGGAUCCCGCUCUCCGACGAAACCUACUGGCAGAUCACCAUGGAGAGAGUCUUCGUCGGCGAGAAGGCCGUCGCCUGCUAUUUCAGCUGCCAGGCCAUCGUGGACACCGGCACCUCGCUGCUGGCUGUGCCCACCGCCGCCCUCAAACGUAUCUAUAAUGCCCUGGGUGCUGACUCCAACGGCGAGAUCAGCUGCAACGCCGUCAGCAGCCUGCCCGACGUCGCCUUCAAAAUCCAUGGCAAGAAAUUCACCGUGCCAGCCACAGCCUACGUGAUAGAGAGCGAUGGGUUCUGCAGCCUCGGCUUCGAAGGCAUGGACACCCCCACCGAGUCGGGCGAACUCUGGAUCCUCGGGGACGUCUUCAUCCGCGAGUACUACGUGAUCUUCGACAGGGCCAACAACAAGGUGGGGCUGUCCCCGCUGGCCUGA